CACGUCUCGCACAUCAGCCUUCAGAACUGCGUCUCUCGGCGAAACCCAUGGCGCGCAGCGGCAGCGCGCUGAUGGCCGCCACACCGACACCGGUGGUGGACCCCGAGGCGUAUCCGUUUCGUAACCUCAUUUUUCAGGUAGCUGCUAGAUAAUGGGAAUGGCCUUGGUUGGACCGCGCAGACUUUUGCUCUGGAACGUUUCCUCCCAAAAACGACGGCAAUUGUCGUGUUUGGAGGAUGUGGAUGGAGUUCUGACCAGAGGAGAUCAGGUGGACCUGGAUCCCACCUUGGUGCGGCGGCUGAGUCAAGUUGUCCGGGACCACGAUGCUGGAGUGGUCUUGACCACGCAGCGCCGUAAGACCAUGCGGGCGCUGAACCAUGUGCUCAGAGGCCUCUCUGCGGGCAAGCUGGCACCGGGAAGGAUUCUGGGAGUCACGCCCAGUCUUUGUGGCUCCAGUGACUGCUGUGUGGAAGAGAUCCGAAGUUGGUUGGCAGCUAACAAAGACUUGGCCCAUGCCAACUGGGUGGCGGUUGAUGAUAAGGACCUGACAGCGCAAGAUCCUGAGUUUCUCCGGGGCCACUUUCUCCGAACAGACUUCGCGGAGGGGCUCACCCAGGCGAAGACCGAUGAGCUCUCAUCGAUGCUGGUGAAGGCUGCGAGGGCCUCGAGCAAAGCAGCCUUUCGGGAUUGGCAGCGGAGGCAUGCGGCAGUGGUCGCGGCACAAGCUGUAGAGGAGGCGGCGCACGAGAGCGCCCGGCCACGUGGCAGCUACCGAGAGGAGCUGCAGCGGCAAGCUUGGUCCCACGAGGAACAAGAACGGUCCAUCCGACGAGCACAGGCUGCUGAGGAGAGUUCCCAGGAGCCCAGUGAGAGCGUUCAGGCGCUUCGCGCCCUACAGCGAGGCCGCGAAUUUCUUUGACGCCGGGCGCGCAAGGCGACACCUGCUGCGUUGCGGAAAGAGUGGCAGAUCGCGCUCGGCUGGGGCGGCGAGGAUUGUCCGG